AUGACUGAUAAAAACAAAAUUGAUAAAGACGCCAGGACUAACAAACGACCAAGAGUGAUAUUGGCAUGUAACAGAUGUCGUCAAAGAAAAACCAAAUGUGAUGGUGGACAACCUACUUGUGGUACUUGUGCCAAACGUAAUGCCGAAUGUGUUUAUGUUACUAAGUAUGCUCGAGCACAUGUGACUGUAGAGUAUGUGAGACAAUUGGAAGAAAGCUUAGGUAUAGCUUCCAAAACUAACCAUGAGAUGUUGUCUCCCAGUAUCAGCAACAUGAUUUCAUCCUAUGAUAGAUAUUCAACGCAACGCACUCCCAGUGCACACUUAUCGCCCCCACCACAAGAGUUACCCCCAAAUCAAUAUCAACAUCGUCAUCGAGGCUCGAUUGAAAGUAAUGUAAGUAAUGGUCACAUCAAAUGCGAGUAUACAGCUACUUCUGUAACUCCUUCAAGUUCAAUUAUGACAAACAAUUCAACCUCCAGUGCUUUCAGAAGUUGCAAAGAUUCUACUAGUGCAAUGGGUGCAGGGGAAAUGAUCAAACAGAAACGUGGCAAAGAUAGAGAUUAUUAUGGUUCUUCAGCAGCAAUAUCAUUCAUGAAGGAUUUAUCUAAUAUUAUCGACGGUCUCUCUAGAUCAGAUGGUUUAGCCACGGAUGAUGAUGAGACAGAUAGAUUUAGACAAUACAAGAUGUCUCGAUCAGAUCCAAUGUCAUCAAUACCUAUCUCCGAAUUAGAACUUCCACCUAGGACUCUUGCUGACCUUUAUAUCAAAAAUUACUUUGAAUUUGCCUAUAGUUUGUACCCAUUUGUUCACAAACCAACCUUUAUGGCUACCUAUAAAACUUUGUGGAGUACCAAAACUGGGGAAGAUCAGGAUAUUGAUGAAUUAUUCUAUUCAAUUGUCAACAUCGUUUUUGCAUUUGGCUGCCAAUUAGCACCAGCUUCUCAAAAAUUAGAAGAUAAUUCUGAGCUUUAUUUUGAAAAAUCCCAGAAGUGUCUUCGAUUUCACUUAAUGAACAGCGGUUCAGUCUUGUUGGUUCAAGCAUUAUUGUUAACGGGUCAGUUUUUGCAAGCUAGCUCUGGUCUGGCUGGUUGUUGGAAUAUCGUGGGUUUGGCAAUUAGAAUUGCUCAAGGAUUGGGAUUACAUCUGGACCAGAAUUAUGCUUCGACAAAGAGUCUAAUUGAUAGGGAAAUUAGAAAAAGACUAUGGCAAGGUUGUUUGUUAAUGGAUAGGAUAGUUUCGAUGACAAUGGGGAGACCAAUGAUGGUAACAUACGAAUUUGAACAAGGAGAAGUUCCCUUAUGUGUGGAUGAUGAAUAUAUUAAAGAUGAUAAAAUUUUGCCGACGAAUAAACCUUCUGAAUUGGGAUUUUUCACUCAAACGAUUAAAUUAUAUAACAUUCUUGCUGAUAUUUUGAAAUCUGUUUAUUCUAAUGAUCAACUUGAUGAAAACCCACAAUUAUUACUGAAUAUUUUCAAGUUUGAAGAUGGACUAAAUGAAUUUACAGCGAAUCUACCUAGUCACUUACAAUUUAGUUCUGAUUUACAAAAAAUGAUGCCAUUCGAACGACAAAGCAUUGUGCUACAUAUCAGAGUUCUCCAUCUCAAAAUACUGCUUUAUCGUCCCGUAUUAUUUUCAAAGUCAUCUAAUCAUAAGAAAUUUGACUCCAAAGGUUCUGAGUUAUACACUUCAACGCAAAGGUCAGUUGCUUUACUUUGUGUUAAUUCAGCGAUGGAGCUCAUCAAUAUAAUUUCCAAAUAUCGUGCUGGUGAUAUUGUUUACUUGCCAGCACACUGGUAUAAUGUGUUCUAUAUAUAUACAGCCGGUACAAUUCUUCUUGCAGCGAAGCUACAGGUCACUUUACAUAAAGAUAUCGAUAUGAUUGUAUUUGAAAGAGCAUGGAACUUAAGUUUAGAAAUCCUCCGUUCAUACACUCAACAGUCUGAAUCAGCAAGUCGUUGUUUGAAGGUUUUGGAAAUGAUGGGGAACAAGGUUCAUAUAUCAUCACAAAGAUUGGCCACACAAGCUAAUACUCCAGAUUCAAUGAAUAAUGACCGAAUUGAUCAUGGAAGAUUACAUAAAAAUUCUAUAUAUCCCUUGCACGAUUACAGUCCAAGUUCUACUUCAUCAGAGGUUCCUACAGAUGUGCUAUAUUCUUUGCUUUACGAUACUGCUGGUCCGUUUGGUGGUCCAUUCCACUAUACAGAUGAUAUGAACGCCUUUUACUUACGAUAA